CUCGGCCGCCGUUGCGCUGCCCUCGGCGGCAGCAAGAUGGCGGCGCAACUGAAGGACCGUGAGGGAGGUUCGCAGCUGGCGGGGCCUGCGGCGGAGGCCGACCCCCUGAGCCGUUUUACGUGUCCCGUGUGCUUAGAGGUGUACGAAAAGCCGGUGCAGGUGCCCUGCGGACACGUCUUUUGCUCUGCAUGCCUGCAGGAAUGUCUGAAGCCGAAGAAGCCUGUCUGUGGGGUGUGUCGCAGCACUCUGGCACCUGGCGUCCGAGCCGUGGAGCUCGAGCGGCAGAUUGAGAGCACAGAGACUUCUUGCCAUGGCUGCCGUAAAAAUUUCCUCCUAUCCAAGAUCCGGGCGCAUGUGGCUACCUGUUCUAAAUACCAGAAUUACAUCAUGGAAGGUGUGAAGGCCACCACCAAGGAUGCGUCCCUUCAGCCAAGGAACGUCCCAAACCGUUAUACUUUUCCUUGUCCUUACUGUCCUGAGAAGAAUUUUGAUCAAGAAGGACUUGUGGAACACUGCAAGUUAUCCCAUAGCACGGACACCAAAUCUGUGGUUUGUCCAAUAUGUGCCUCGAUGCCAUGGGGAGAUCCCAACUACCGCAGCGCCAACUUCAUAGAGCACAUCCAGCGCCGGCACCAGUUUUCUUAUGACACUUUUGUGGAUUACGACGUUGAUGAGGAAGACAUGAUGAACCAGGUUCUGCAGCGCUCCAUCAUCGACCAGUGAGCAGUCCCUGCUGUCACUCACGCUCCAGAGCCUCCAUUAUGUGUUAAGCGUGAAACAUGUGACUCAUCCACUUAAAAUGUACAACAGACCUGGAAGGCAGCCAUGGCAUUAGGACAGGGUCACUUCUGACAGGGGGACUGGGCCCCGGUCAGAGCCUUCCUUUCCUUUGGGCUCUUCCCCUGCUGUUCACUGUUUGUCACAUGUCUGGUCUUUCAUUGUUCCUUAGCCACUUCCUGGAGCUUCUUCCUCCUCUUUCAGAAGGGAACCUGGCUUCUCCUGUCCCUGUUUCACACUUGAUCCUCCUGUCCAGUGUUCAUCUCUCAGGUCCUCCGAGCCAGCCAGGGCUUCUCUGGGUCAUGAAUAGCACAAAUGAGACAUGCAUCUCCUCCUUGUCCCUGAGGUGUGUGAGCUCUGGCAGUAAUGCAUUUGAUCAGUGAUGGGAUUCCUCCUGUGCUCUUGAAGUUUCUGUUAGUUGGUCCUUGGCAGCAGCUACCAGAGCUGGAGUUACCUCAUGGGAGACACUUACAAGUCCUUUCAGGGUGAAUAUUCUGAGCUUAACAUGAUCUGAUGCUGAAAGUUUUGAUUAGUGAAAUUUUCCUACCAUUCCUACCACCCUUAGGAUUAACUGGUUCAGUCUUAAAUGCCUGCAUGGUGCCUUUUUAGAAUAAGGUAUAACCAUAUAUUUUUAGUGAAAAUAAGUGUUUCUAGGAUAGGAAAGUUAAACUCCAUUUAUCUAUAAGUGGGAAGGCGAGUCAGCUAAGUGAGGUAGGAGGGCUGUCACUUUUUGGUUCUGAUUUUCAAAUUGAUGAGGUAUUUUCAAAUGAUGCAGUCAUGUUUGCCUCUCUAUUUGGGAACCUGCUUACAUUCUUGUUUUUGAAGCAUGAAAAGGAGUCCUCAUAUGAAUAAGAAGGAAGACGUUUGCGGGUUCCAGUGGAUACUAGUUCUUUCAUCUUUUACUUGGUAACUUAGAUUAAACUGAGUGUUGCUUUUCUGUCAUGAAUGGUUUCCUUAUAAAACUGGUUUCAACACGUAAAUUGGUGUGUGAAGACCUGCCUUCUAAAGCAGAGAGGUUAUGGGAAAUUUGGUAUCACUGCCUGCUGUCUCUUCAACAAGACAUGCUAUUCAAAAGGCACAGCACACCUCCUGCAAGCAAUUGGUAGUAGAAACUGUCUCCUGGAAACUUGCUUUGAUAACAGAUCAAGAAGCUUGAGGUUCAACAUUUUUCACAAAUAUUUAUAAAUACAAGGCUAAGGGCUGUCAGUCUAAUCUGUAGGCGGAGAACCUCUGAUUGACCAGAAGGCAUCUGGGUUUAGAUUUGUUUUCUCCUAUCAAACGUCUUUUCUGAAUAUGGAAAUUUUUUUCUGGUCAGUGGCCAAGGUUGCAAAUGGCAGGGGCCUUUGGGCCUGUGCGCUGCUGCCGUGGGCCGCUCCUUACCUGCCCCUGAGAGUUGCAGUCACCUAGAAACCAGCAGAGACAGGGCUCUUUCAGGGCAGAGUAAUUUUUUCUAAUGUGCUGUUGCUUGGGAGGGCCCAAAUGUUAUGGUCAGCUUCUCCACUGUAAUUUCUGGGAAAAGUUCACUCAGACCUCCCUGAAUUGAGAUCUUCUUGGUCUAAGUUUAGAGGGAAAUUGGAUAAAACCUUCAUUUGAGCGAACCAACGAUAGUGGUCUCACUGGUGGUACCAAGAAACUGAUUUCCUUGUAUUAAGUGCACUUCAUGUAUUUCUAAUGAGAUGACUUUCCAGAAAGUGACAUUUGUUAUGUUCUGGCUUUUAAAAAGUGAAAUAUAAAUAAAUUUCAUAAUUUAUCCAA